UGCUGCUGUUGCUGCUUGGCGAACAUACACACAUGUCCUCCAGUCUGAGUUGCUUUGAGCCACACUGUUUCAUCUAGUGCUAUCAGGGCUGAUGAGAGCCUCUCGUCUUUCUGGGUCUGCUGCAGCUGCUGUGUGACACAGCAAAUGCUGUGAAGGCAUGUCUGUGCCUCGUUGCUUUGUCAGCAGCUACCAGAGUUCAGUUGAAUUUUAACACUUUGUAGUCGUGUAAUGGUUUUAUCGUCAUGAUAUCCACAUCAGUGUCAGUGAUUGUCGUGCUCGUGGCGUUUGUGAACGGAGCGAGAAAUGAAGACGACAUGCAGCCGUGUGCCAAGGUCCAGAUGUCCAGCUCAGUGGUGCCUUUGGGGUCACCUGUCACAGCCACCUGUGUCAUCAGAGACGACUGCCCUCUGGUCGUUGGGCGAGCUGUUCAUAUAGCGUGGCGCCUUGGCGAUCGUUUCCUCCCCAGCAGCCCCGUGGCCAAUGAGAGCGGCAGGGUUUCUGAGGUUGUUAUACCAAGCUUCAAUCGCACCAGGGAGUUCCUCACCUGCUGUGUCCAGGCCUCUCCUCUUCAAGUAGUAGGAGGAGUGGAGAUCAGAGCUGGAUAUCCACCAGAAGCACCACAAAACCUCAGCUGUCAGACAAACCUCACCACCCCGAACACCCUGACCUGUAGCUGGGACCCUGGACAGCAGGAGACCCACCUGCCCACAAAGUACUCCCUACACACCGAGAUAUGGGAUUCAAAUGAGAACCACACUUACGAGCUCCAACCAAGAGUCCACCGUUACACCAUCCCUCGCUCUGGCUUUGGCCUCUUCUUAGAUAUGAAGAUAUAUGUGAAGGCAGUGAAUGAACUUGGAGAAGUAACAUCAGCACCUAUAGUUUUGGAACCUGUCGGCGCAGCUAAGUUUGACCCACCAACGAUUCUGAAGAUUGAAACGAUGCCUAAAAAGUACGGCUGCCUAAAGCUGAGCUGGAGCUUAUCUCAGCACCAGGCCUGGAUGCAUGUCUUCCACCUAAACCUGGAAGUUCGACUUAUGACUGCUGACAGCAGCCAAUGGAAUGAACAACCAAUCCUGGUGAACCGGGUUAAAACCACCAAAUCCGUGGACCAGUGCCGUCUCCUCCAUGGGACUCAAUAUCUCGUCCAGAUUAGAGUCAGAUACCAGCAGAGCCCCUGGAGUGAAUGGAGCAGCAGCCAGUCUGGAGUCACCUUGGACAGUGCUCCCACUGGACGUCUAGACUGGUGGAUGAGGGUAUCAGGGGAUCACAUGAACAAACAACUCAACAUCUUGUUUUGGAAGCCAUCAAAACAAUUCCGUGCCAACGCCAAAAAUGUGUCAUACAUUGUCUCGGUGAAAAAGCUGCCAGGUGAAAAUGGAAAGUUGUGCUCUACAAUGGAGAAUUACUGCUUCUUCCAGCCUCCCGUGAGAGCAAAGAAAGUGUACCUGCGUGCUGCUAAUGCAGCAGGGAGAUCCUCCCCCACUGAAGUGCGGAUUUACCUACCUAGAGCUCGUGCAGUGAUAUCAGACGUCACAGUCAUUCCUCAGGAUGACAGAUCCCUGCUGGUCCAGUGGAGAAGCCUGCUGUCUUCCAGUCUCACUGGUUUUGUGGUGGAAUGGAGACCUUUGUUACAAACGGACCUCUCUUUCACCCAGUUUGAAUUAACUGGCAGAAACCAGACACUCCUUGUAAUAACAGGCAGCUUUGAGCCCUACAAGCCCUAUGGGAUCUCUGUGUAUCCGAGGUUUAAGGAUGGGAUAGGCCUUCCUCAGACUGUUAAUGCCUACUCCAGACAAAAGGCUCCAUCCAUGGUUCCGAAAAUUCAAAUUGAAAAUAUCUGGGAGACACAGGUUGAGCUUACCUGGGAUGAAAUACCAUUAGACCAAAGGAACGGAAUCAUCCGGAACUACAAAGUCUUCUACUGUGAUAGGAAGGGACCCAUUAACGUUGUGAUUGCUGACCUGGAAGCGAGGAGAGUGAUCCUGAGAGACCUCAACAAUGUGUUUGUGUAUGAAGCUUUUAUGAUGGUUAGCACGUUUGGUGGGAGCCGGAACGGGUCAACAUUUGAAUUCCCAAUGAAAUCCUUCGAUGCAGUUGCUGUUGUGGCAAUUGUAACUGUGUCUGUUGUUGGACUGUUAUUGAUGGUUAUCUUCAUCGUCAUGACUUGUUUCUCCAACAACAAAAGGCUAAAGAGGCGUUUUUGGCCAGCUGUUCCAGAUCCGGCUAAUAGCAGCAUCAAGAGAUGGACAUCAGAAUCAACACAGGAUUCUCAUGUUGCCUUCGACAAUGAGGAGCCCAAUCCAAUGUACCUGUCCCACCUGAGCUUCCUGGACCUCACUGUGAAACUAACUAAAGAGGACGAUGACCCAUGGUCAAGCAGUGCAGAGGACACCAGUGACCUGGGAGAGUCCAUUUGUGGUUCACCAUUCACCCCUGGCUACUCCGGUUCCAACAGCGACUCUGUUCCUUACGCUACUGUGGUCUUCUCUGGUCCAUGCAACAGCCCUACGCCUCAUGUCUACCUGCGGUCUGAGUCCACGCAGCCCCUCUUGGAAACUGAAGAGUCCUUCAGUCCAAAGUGCUACCAUAACAUGGCAACUAAUGGGAUGCCGAGUGAGCAAUGUUUUUUUGGACCUUCCCAUGAUUGUGUACCUGUAAAAGGGGCAGAUCCAGCCAUUGUGUGGGAUGACUUUCCUUUUCUCCGAGCAUUAUCCUUGAAUGAUACUCAAAAUGGCUAGAAGUACUUUGGUGAUUAUAAGAGUAGCUGCUUUGCAAGAUCUUCAUCUAGUUCUGAGUUUGAAAUGAGCCGAUUGUGAUAAGUUGAUUCAGCAGAGCACAUAUCUGUAAAUGCAUGCAAGAUUUAAUGCUAAAAUCAUUUUUAUAUUUAAUGAUUAUGAUGUCCACACUUUGUUCAUACCACACUUUGUAGAUAUGUCACCUCUUUAACAAAUAAACUUUUUAC